CUUCCCGGCUUCCUCCUCCUCCUUUCCCAGCAAAACAAAAAGAAAGGAAAAACUCAUCUCCUCCACCGUCACCGUCCAGAUUGACGAUUCCGGUUCCGAGAAUUUUCAAUCGCAGGCUUUGUUUGGCGAUCUAGAAAAACGCCGACGAGGGGAAAACUGGAUAACGACCCGACUAGCUUCAUCCAUCUAAUUUUUUUCUUCUUGUAUUGCUCGCACGGACUUCGUUUUCUGGGAGGAGAGAAGGAAGAGUCCACGGAAUUCGAAAUUGUUUCCUUUGUUCUUGUGCCGGCGGUGCUUCUCCAAUUCUUUUCGGAAUAAGUAAUCCGUUCUCGUUCUACUUGGGAUCGUCUCUUGUAAUUAAUCUGUUUGCGGGGGUUGCCGGCGAUCUUCGUUUGAAUCGAGUUUGGAUUGUCAUUGUUUUGGCGGGGGAGAGGAGAGAAUGUUCAACGGAAUGAUGGAUCCUGAGCUGAUCAAGCUCGCUCAAGAGCAGAUGAGUCGGAUGUCGCCCACCGAGUUGGCCAAGAUCCAGCAGCAGAUGAUGUCGAAUCCAGAUUUGAUGAAAAUGGCAUCUGAAAGCAUGAAGAACAUGAGACCAGAAGACUUGAGGCAGGCGGCAGAGCAAUUGAAGCAUACUCGUCCUGAUGAGAUGGCUGAGAUUGGUGAGAAGAUUGCUACUGCAUCGCCUGAAGAGAUAGCAACUAUGCGUGCCCGACUUGAUUCCCAGGCCACAUAUGAAAUGAAUGCAGCUGAAAUGUUGAAGAAACAGGGUAAUCAACUUCACAACCAGGGAAAAUUCAGUGAGGCAUCGGAAAAAUAUUUGCUUGCAAAGAAGAAUCUUAAAGGGAACCCAGCCUCCAAAGGCAGUGCACUUUUAUUGGCGUGCUCUCUCAACCUGAUGUCCUGUUACCUGAAGACAAAACAGUUUGAUGAGUGCAUUAAGGAAGGAACAGAGGUGUUGGCAUAUGAUGGUAAGAAUGUCAAGGCUCUUUAUCGGAGAGGUCAAGCCUACAAAGAACUUGGACAAUUGCGAGAUGCUGUCUCUGAUCUGGCAAAAGCACAUGAAAUUUCACCUGAUGAUGAAACUAUCACGGCUGUCUUAAGGGAUGCUGAGGAAAGUUUCGGUGAACAGGGUUACAGUGCACCAAAGGGAGUUGUAAUUGAAGAGAUAACUGAAGAUUCAUCUUCCGCGAAUUGUGAAAUUCCUCAACAGCAUAGUAGGGAUGUUCCAAACACUGGGGGUUCAAUGACCAGUUCAGAUUCUUUGCAUGCCUUAAAAGAUAACCCGGAAGCAGUAAGGUCUUUCCAGAAUUUCAUUUCUAGUGCUGAUCCUGAAACUUUGGCUUCAAUAAGUGGUGGGAAAGCUACUGACAUGUCCCCAGAUAUGUUCAAGACUGCUGCAAAUAUGAUUGGAAAGAUGCCUCCCGAUGAGCUGCAGAAAAUGCUUCAGAUGGCAUCUUCUUUCCAGCGGGGUAAUCCAUUUAGUAAUGGUGUUGAUAGUAUCAGACCAGGUGGUGCCUUUCCUCCAAACAUGAGCCCAGACAUGAUUAAAACUGCCUCUGAAAUGAUGAGCAACAUGCCACCAGAAGAUCUUCAAAAGAUGUUUGAAAUGGCAUCCUCUCUUAGAGGAAAGGACUCUGCUGCAAAAGAAGGAACCUCUGGUCAACAUGCAUCUAGUUCAAGCAAAGUUUCAAACUUCACAGAACCUCGAGAAAUGAGUUCUUUAAGUGGCAAUAGUAGUGGUGACCCUAGUUCCUCUGGCAGUCUCUUUUCAAGGUCAAUGAGUGAUCAGUCAAGUUCUCCAAGCUCGGCUGGUGACCUGCAAGAACAGUUGAGAAAUCAAAUGAAUGAUCCAGCAACACGACAGAUGUUCACCUCAAUGAUGCAAAACAUGAGUCCGGAUAUGAUUGCCAACAUGAGUAAGCAGUUUGGAGUGCAGCUUUCUCCAGAAGAUGCAGCAAAAGCUCAGCAAGCCAUGUCAUCUCUAUCCCCAGAAGACUUGGACAAAAUGAUGAGAUGGAUGGAUAGGCUUCAAAGAGGAGCUGCAGGUGCAAAGAAAGCGAAGAACUGGUUACUUGGCAAACCAGGUCUGAUCAUGGCUAUAUGCAUGCUUCUCUUGGCAAUCCUCCUUAAGUGGCUUGGCUUCAUCGGAAGGUAAAGUUCCCCGAUCCCGAUUCACCGGACUCCCCAACUUAUCCGAGAUUAUUGGUUGUUCGAGUCAACGCAAGCUGAGUUGGCAUAAUGAUGUGGCAAGGCCCGUUGUCUAUUGAAAGAGAUCUUGUGUUCCUGGGAAGAGUUUGAAAAAGCGAGACCCCAUCAAUGGAAUAAGGGGAAAUGAGAAUUAGGGAUGGAGAGUUUGGUUAGGCUUGUUAUACUUAUUUGGGGGAAGAUAAUGGUAUGGUUAGGCCGCAUACCAAGAAUUUGUUGUUGCAUGAAAAUAACGUAUUAGGUAAUGAAUUGUUUGAACGGAUGAACUCGUGUCUCUAUGUAGUUGUUUUUUCUUUCCAUCUCGUGCAAGUUUUGUCGACAUGUUGGAUGCUCGAUAGUAGAAUGUGGGAAUCCCAGGCAAGGUUAUUCAGUAUGUCUUUAUCUCCUACUGCAGUAGUACUGCUACUUGUGGGUUCCGUGGCUUGGAUUUCAGCAUAUGUUCUUAUAUUUGAGAUAAUGAACCAUAGCUAUUCAUGGUGAUAUUCUCACCCGGUCUAAUGGUGAAGACUGAUGUAAGUGUCUCAAAGUGCAGCCGUGCAGGUCUCUUUUUAGGGUAACGUGGUUGGAAUCUUGUGGAUUUAAGUAGUUGUUGUGGCCAUCACCAUCACUUUUUCUUUUAAUAGCUAUUUUAUACGAA